AUGCUAACUCUAUCCAAUGAUGAACCUCAUCACCCUGAUGGUUUCACCUUCUUGACUCAUUAUCAAUGCGAGCCUGGUAUUAUCAUUUACAAACCAGACUUUGGCCAACUUGACAUUCUCAUUCACCUCAUCAGUAUCGAUGGCAACACUACAGGAGAUGAGCAUUACAAAGCCCUCCAGCAGCUCUCCACAGGACAUGCCACAUACAUGCCAUGGUUCUACAACAUAGCCAAGAUACUGGAUUAUUUGAUGCAGGUAUUCAAGACCGCAGUUUGUUUCGAUGAAGACUCAGACCCUUCGAGCAGGAAACUCACUGGCCUAUCUAAUGAAUAUGUGGGUAGGGCUGGAGAAUAUGCUAGAGAAUAUGCUCUGGAAAUGCUUGUCAAUGAACCCUAUUGUCCCUUUAAGGCAGAUAUGUGGUAUCUAGGUCAGAUGCUUAAUGCUGACAUGGAUAGGGAAGUCAAAGGUUUCAUAGAGAAGCAUCUCAAGGCCUUACAUGAAGAUUUUUUGUUUGAUGACAUGUUCAGAAAGUAUUUUGCCCAGAAUACCAUCCAGAGUGAACAAAUUAUGCAAGCAUUUGAUGAGUACAUCGACAAAGUUAACGAGAUCAUUCCUGAAGGCAACUUUGUGAAUGGCAAUCUUCCUCCUCACGAUGAUUGCUCAAAUGCGGUUGUUGAAUCUGGAACAAAGGCCGACAAUGUUGCAACUUAUGGAUUCUGUCGUCAAAAUGCGACACAGUUGUCUGGUGGCAGUAUUGUCUGA